GAAUGGCAAGAGUUAGGCAGGAGGGGUGUCUCGACAGCUGCUAAAAUCACUUCAGAUUCACUGGAACGGAGCUAUCUUUUCCAAUUAAUAUUCAUGUUUAGCACAGUCAACACUUCAUUUUGUUACAUAUUUUGAUACGAUGAGGAUGAGUCGGCAAUGGCCUCUGCCUUUGUAGAUGUUGCAAUAUCAAUGCCAGAGAAAAGAGCCGGUAUCCGCUUCACAGGAACUUGGGAACUCCUCAAAUUGAAGAUUUGGCUGUAAGUAGUCUGGCUAACUAUUUUUACAUUACCAAUAGGCUACUCAUCUCUUUCGAUUAAUGUGCAAGUAAAUAUGUUAAAGAUCAUGCUACAAGGUGAUGGAUAUGCAUUUUAAGACUCCCCCAGAACCUAUCCCGAUGGAUUAUUAACAGUGCAUUUUAGUACACUCCAGUUCUAUGUCUUCCGGACAGAUAAUGGAAACGCUUCGGACGGUGUUGGUCGCGCACUGCUCAAGGAAGUAUAUUUAGGCUAAAAUAUCUGAACACAGACCGGGGGCAUCAUUUCUGCAUCCGAUACUGCGACAAUAAGGGAAACAAAUAGCAUACUUUUCAUCAACAUAUGAGACGUUUUGAGACGCUAAUAUGAAUACAACAAUGGAGCACACUGGAAUUGAAGAGGUAAACCAGACACACCAGCAGCACGAGCCCAUCAGCUUUGGAAUAGACCAGAUUCUGAACAGCACGGACCAGUCCAGCAGCUGCAUGCUGCCCAACCGAACAAGCGACACGGAUUACACGCUUGCCCCAAACGUUUACACCAAUGGCUAUAACAGCGUCUAUAACCCGGCCUGCUCUAUGGCAGCUGGACUCGCAGGUUCCUAUAACGUGAACAUGAACAUGAAUGUCAGCAUGAACAUGAACGUUAACGUGAAUGGUGGGAACGCCGGUGGUGUUAUCAGGGUGCCAGCUCACAGACCCAUGCCACCGAAUCCACAUCAGCCCCCGCCUACCCAUCCACCUGGCUUCGCGGGUGGCAUCACCUCAGUGACUUCAAUGCCAAGUAUGGGAAAUGCAGCAAACUUUACCUUCCCGUGGAUGGAGAGCAGUCGACGGUUCGCAAAGGACAGACUCACUGCGGAGCAGGCAGAGGACAGACAAGCAGGAGACCCCAGUGGGAGGCCAGGAGCCCCCCCGGCCCUGCCAGGCCUCUGCCCUCUCCCCAAGGGGGACAUUGGCAGGGUCCCUACCUGGAGCUCUAUGGAGACAUUAGCCAAACACUAUUACCCCGAACUCGCUCACCUGCGAGACACCGGGCCAUUUGCAGACUAUCCCUUUCGAAAGGGUACUUGUCCAGCAGCCCUUUCUCCCUUCUCGGUGACCCGGCGCAUCGGCCACCCCUAUCAGAACCGGACGCCACCCAAAAGAAAAAAGCCCCGCACCUCAUUCAGCCGUGUGCAGAUCUGCGAACUUGAGAAACGCUUUCACCGACAGAAGUACCUGGCAUCGGCAGAGCGCGCCACCCUGGCCAAGGCCCUGAAGAUGACAGACGCACAGGUCAAAACUUGGUUCCAGAACAGGAGGACAAAAUGGCGGAGACAGACAGCCGAGGAGCGCGAAGCAGAGAGACAGCAGGCGAACCGUCUGAUGCUGCAGCUCCAACAGGAGGCCUUUCAGAAGACCCUGAGCCAGCCCCUGCAGCAGGACCCCUUGUGCCUGCACAACUCCUCCUUGUACGCCUUACAGAACCUACAGCCCUGGGCGGAGGACAACAAGAUCAUAUGUGGACUUCUUGGCGUGGACAGACAUACAUUUAGUUCCACUGAAAUGGACAAUGAUCAAUGAGUCUUCUAAGUUUUUUCAGACCUGAUUCUGUCAAGUAAUUUUCCUACCUUACACUAGAUUUUCACUCUUCCUUCAGCUGUCGGUCUAAACAGAGGACGGAGCUAAAUCCUACCUGAAAUCUAACGGACACAUCAGUAGAUGCCUACCAUCAAGACUGUCCUGUUGCCAACAGGGAAGCACUGACUCUCAGCCAUAUGGCAACAAAACUGGAUCUGAUUCCUUUAACUGGAAUGGAUUCCUCUAACUGGAUCUGAUUCCUUUGCGUUUGGCUUUGUACAAUGUAGUAAUGCAUGUUUCCGAUAUUUCUGUGUGCACUUGGAAUU